AUGUCAGCCAAUGGUAACAACGGAAAUAAUGAUAGUAAUGAGGCCACGCCACCGGCCCCAUUGCCAUCAGUUAGAUUAGAUAUUGCCGACCGAAUGAAACGUUGGCAUGGCAAGGUUGCAGUCGUAACUGGCGCCAGCGGUGCAAUUGGUGGUGCCAUAGCGAUAGAACUCGUCAAAGCGGGAAUGAUCGUAUGUGCGCUUUCAAGACGGCGUGACAAGGUGGAAAAACUACGCGUUAGCCUGUUUGAUGUAGCCGGUACGCUGAAUUACGUUGAGUGUGAUAUUACUGUGGAGGACGACAUUAAGUAUGCGUAUGGAUGGAUCGAAAACACGUAUGGUGGGGUAGAUAUGCUGGUGAAUAACGCAGGGAUCAUCACAAAAUGCUUGCUAACGGAGAAAAACAAUACAAGAGAUCUGUAUAAGACGAUGGAGACGAACAUCAUUGGAUUAUCCUUGUGCACAAGGGAAGCUGUCAAAUCGAUGAAAGCCCGCGAUGUGAAGGGUCACAUAAUUAACGUAAACAGCAUAUUUGGUCAUAAAGUGCACCAAGCCGUCCCAGGAACGCGACCAUUGAAUGGAAUGUACCCGGCAUCGAAAUAUGCAGUCACGGCCAUUACCGAAUGUAUUAGACAAGAACUUGUUUACUUAGGCACAGGUUGUAAAGUUACGAGUAUUAGUCCUGGCUUAGUGGAAGGUGACAUUCUGUCGGCAAACACAUCGAAGGACAAUGAAAUUGUCAACUACAUGCCGAAAUUAAAGCCUUCAGAUGUUGCCGAAGCAGUACUUUAUGCUAUCACCACACCAGAAAAUGUGCAAAUUCAUGAGCUGAUUAUCAAACCGAUGGGCGAGUUUCUGUAA